AAUCCAGAGAACCCAAAAACCCUAGAAAUUGAAAAACCCCAACAAGCAAAAUGGGCAUCAAAGAUCUCCUCAGAUUCAUCAAACCCUACAUUCAAAUCAUUCAUAUCAAGAAAUACGCCGGCAAACGAGUGGGCAUUGAUGCCUAUUCAUGGCUUCACAAAGGAGCAUAUUCAUGUAGCAUGGAGCUGUGUAUGAAUUCGAAUAGCGAAAGGAGAUUGAAAUACAUUGACUAUUUUAUGCACCGGAUACAUAUGCUUCAACACCAUGAGAUAACCCCAGUGGUGGUUUUUGAUGGUGGCAAUGUGCCAUGUAAGGCUGCCACUGGGGAUGAACGCCACAGGAGAAGGAAGAAAUUUCAUGAUUUGGCAAUGGAAAAAGUAGAAGAAGGGAAUGUUAGAGCUGCCACCGAGCUCUUUCAGAGGGCGGUGAGUGUAACUCCAUCUAUGGCACAUGAGCUGAUAAAGAUUCUGAGAUCCGAGAACAUUGAAUUUGUUGUAGCUCCAUAUGAGGCUGAUGCGCAGCUAGCAUACCUGGCCAGUCUUGAAGCAGAAAAGGGUGGAAUUGCAGCAGUCAUCACUGAGGAUAGUGAUCUAGUGGCAUAUGGCUGCCAAGCUAUAAUCUUUAAGAUGGACCAAUUUGGCAAUGGUGACGAGUUACUGCUGGACAAUGUUUUUAAUCAAGUGGACCGCACACCUUCCUUCCAAAAUUUUGACCUUGAAUUAUUUACAGGUAUGUGUGUCUUGGCUGGCUGUGAUUUCCUUCCAUCUGUUCCUGGAAUUGGGAUUGGUAAAGCUUAUGCCUUGGUUUCUAAGUAUCAAAACUUAGAUCGCGCUUUAUCAGUUUUGAAAUUGCAGAAGGGCAAUCAAAUGCCUGAAGAUUACCCCAGAUCUUUCAGAGAAGCAGCUGCAGUUUUCCAGCAUGCUCAAAUAUACGACUCUGACAAGAAAAUUGUCAAGCAUAUGAGACCCAUACCACAAGAGCUUGUGGAGUCCCUUGAUGGAGAACUUGAUUUCCUUGGACCAGAAAUCCCUUCAUCAAUAGCCAUUGCAAUUGCUGAAGGAAAAUUGGACCCUUUAAGUAUGGAGGCCUUUGAUCAUUUCCCCAGUUCCAGUUCUAGACAUCGGUCAGAUCCCAUUAAGAGCCAAAUUACUCAUCACUUUCAGAGAUCUGAGACUGCUACUGUAUCUGCACAAGUCAGUAGCUUUGUGGCCUUUUCCCAUAAAACCAGAAAACAAGAUAUUACUACGCCUACAGAAAAGCAGAAUCCAGUUUUAGAUGAAAAUAAGUAUUUGAAUGAAGCUGCAGCACUUGGAAAACUAAUUGUUCCUUCGACAAAGAAUGAAGUCACAGAAAGUACCACAGCUCCCAACAAUAUCCCCUUGAAGGUUCGUGCCAGCAAUCCUUUCAAGAAAAGGAAACAGGAAACCAACUUGGAUCAAAUAGGUUGCAACACGAAGCAAGUUUCAAUUGCAAGUGAUGUAGUGAUAUUGGAUACCUUGUGUGCCUCCACCAGUAACGUAUCUUCAAUAGUUAUCGAUGAUAGCCCCAGAAAAAGAAAAAAUGAUAUUCACUUGGAUGACAUAGAGAGUGAGAGCAGUCAGGAACAGGUUUCUGUGGUGACAAGCACACAGAUAGAAUCUUCAGACAUACUGACUUCAGAAUCUCAGGAAAGUGUAAAUUCUAAGCUAUCCAAGCAAAAGAGGAUGGUGAAAAAUGACAAGUUGAAGAGAAACAGCUGUUCAACAAAUAAAAAAGGCAGUAUCUUGAAUUUCUAUUCACCUGUAUGAUUUAUAAUUCUUUAAUGAAUUAUAUUUGUAUUCUCUUAGAUUCUUUUUGGAGACUACUAGCUACAUUGAUCGAGCUAAUUCUUCGUUCAUUCAAGUUUUCUGGAAUAGUACCUUGGAAAGGCUGAUCUAUGAGAAAAUCAUGAUAGUAUUUCCAAGCUAAUCAUUACUUUUUAUAUAUUUAAUUUAUCAACAAUACAGUGACAAGUUUGAGAAGCUGCUCCCAACCAACCCAAAUUAACCAAAGUAAACUAGUGUUGAACCAAGGAACUGUUCAAUUCGAUUUGACAUUUCUUUAUUUGAGUAUUACAUAGCCAGGGACUUGGAACAAAAGAAAAGGGUUGCAUAUCCAUAGGCAAAUUAGGCUUCCCAGAAAACAGCCGGGCAUGUGUAUGCUUUUUCCUUUGAGACUAGCUACUUGAGAUCUCAUCAUGUAUCGAACAACUGAGAAGUUUCAUUUCUGACUACAACAAAGACGAAGAUGGCACAGGUCCUAGGACACUUUUCCCUGUUUAUUAACCACAGCUUUGUUCUAUCUCUUGUCCUGUUUAAGUUAAACCACAAGCUUUGUCCUAGUUGAAAACGUUGAGUUUGACAGGUUCCAGACUCCCACAUCGGAAAAAGAGUGAAAGCAAGUGACGAGUACCCAUAUAAAAUACACAGAAAGCAGGAGAAUUGCUUACUUACCUGGACGGGGUUAAUGGGCGAUCAAGAAGACCUAUAGCCUAGGCUUGUGACCUCCAUUGCACUACGGAGGGGUGCCUGCCUAUGGUCUCCCCAAUGAGGGAGAGCCAACGUCAUAAUUUGUGUUAGGAGGGGCCUGCGUUCGCGCGGCCCCUCGC